UGUCAGACAACGCAGUCUGAGAAAUAAAAACAUCACCAGCGAUUAAAUGAGAAAUGAAUUGAACAUUUCUCUGAAAUGUUCCUGAAUAUAAGAACACGGAUAUCAUAUUCAUUUCAUAUUCAGUCUCAGCCAUGUUUUGGAUGUUUUCUUGUCAUUUUGGUUUAUAACACAGAGGCAGGAUGUUUAAAAGCAUGUUUAAAUCAGGCUGUUUAGUGCGAACUGCACAUGUUAUUCUCACCUGGUUCACAACUUUAAUUCUGUUUCUCCAUAGCACAGAUGUUCGGAAGUGUCAGGAGAGAGGAGAGCUUUUACAGCCUGUGAUGUUCACAUCUAUAGUUCUGCUCUCAGUACUGCUGCACUUCACCGUGUCACUGAUGGAUCCUGGAUUUGUUCUGUCUGACAAGGACACAAAGGAGACCUCAGUGGAUAAUAAUGAAGAAUUGGAAAAGAUGAUUCCUCAAGAGGAAAGUGGGAUAAAGCAGCGACGAUGUGGCUACUGUUAUUUACUGCAACCAAUGAGGGCAAAGCACUGUAGGAUAUGCAAGUGCUGUGUGAGGCGUUUUGACCAUCAUUGCCCCUGGAUAGACAACUGUGUUGGGGAAAGAAACCACAGAUGGUUCCUGUUGUAUCUGUGUGUGCAGUUCAUUGCUGUAUUCUGGGGACUACAGGCUGCAUGGUCUGGCAUCGUCUCUGCGCCCACCUGGCAGCAGUGGUUCACUCAGAAUAUCUUCCUGCUCGGGGCGCUUACAGUGACCGCUGUGUUUACUGUGGUCAUGGUACUCCUGCUGUGUAUUCACCUGUACCUGGCCUCCGUCAACAUCACCACCUGGGAGUUCAUGUCACGGCAUCGAAUCCCAUACCUCAAACACUGUGACUCAGAGGAGAACCCCUUCGACCGAGGUGUGAUCUGCAACCUGUGGAACUUCUUCUGCAUCUGUGGAACUGUAGCGUGGGAGAGAAUCUAUAUCAGACACACUAAUGAGACUGUAUGACUGAUUCUGCUUUAUUAAAGGCCACUAGAGAACUUUGAUUAUAUUUUUUUAAAUAAUACAGAUGGGAUGUAUUGAUUACGAAGCUGUGCUCUAAAACAAUGCCUAUUUACAUAGAGCAUACCUGCAGGAAAAUGUACAGAUUCUACGUUUAUGAAUUAACUAAGCCAUUCUUCAUUUUUG